AUGUCGGUCGCCCACCAGGUCUCCAAGAAGAGGAAGUUCGUCGCCGACGGUGUUUUCCAGGCUGAGCUUGGCGAGUUCUUCACUCGCGAGCUCGCCGAGGAGGGCUACUCCGGAUGUGAGGUCCGUGUCACCCACGCCCGCACCGAGAUCAUCAUCCGUGCCACCCACACCCAGGAGGUCCUUGGUCACCAGGGCCGCCGCAUCCGUGAGCUCAAGGCUCUCGUUGAGAAGCGUUUCCGCUUCCCCGAGAACUCGCUUGAGCUCUACGCCGAGAAGGUCCAGUACCGUGGUCUUUCCGCCGUCGCCCAGGCCGAGUCCCUCCGCUACAAGCUCCUCGGUGGCCUUGCCAUGCGCCGUGCUUGCUACGGUGUCCUCCGUUACGUUAUGGAGUCUGGCGCCAAGGGCUGCGAGGUCGUUGUCUCUGGCAAGCUCCGUGCUGCCCGUGCCAAGUCCAUGAAGUUCUCCGACGGCUUCCUCAUCCACUCCGGUCAGCCCUCGGUCGACUUCAUCGACUACGCCGUCCGCCACGUCCUCCUCCGUCAGGGUGUCCUUGGUAUUAAGGUCAAGAUCAUGCGCCCCCACGACCCCGAGGGACGCAUGGGCCCCGCCCACCCCCUCCCCGACCAGGUCACCCUCAUCGAGCCCAAGCCCGAGACCGAGAUCACCAUCCACUCCGUCCACAAGGACGUCCCCCCUGCUCAGGUCCAGGCCCCCGCCGCCGCCGAGCAGCAGACCGAGCAGGCUUAA